AGUAGCAAUCAAGGGGACUUAAUUUGAAUUGGAUGAUUUCAUAAAAAUUUACACAUGGUUAUACAGUUUAGAUACAGUUACAGAUAACUUGACAAAUUGAAAAACAGUCUUGCAUAAACUAUUUUUUGGUUUUCCAUAUGUUUCUGUCAAAAUCAUGACAUCAACAAGUUUUCAAAAGAAAUCUAAAGCAAAAAUACUUCAAAUCCCUGGAGCAAAACCAUCUUUGUACAACAACCAGUUGCUAAUUUCAACAGGCAUUCCUUCUUUAGAUAGCAUAAUAGGUGGAGGAGUCGCAGUAGGAACAGUCUUUUUACUUGAGGAAGAUGCAUAUGGUAACUAUGGCAGGUUAAUGUUAAAGUAUUUCUGUUCUGAAGCUGUGAUGACAGGACAUAGUUUACAUUUAACAAGUGCAGAUAGAGACCCUCAACAAAUCCUGAAGGAGUUACCAGCUCCUAUCAUUGAUGAUCCGGGACCAGCACCAGAUGACAUCACCAACCAAUCAGAUGAACAUAUGAAAAUAGCAUGGAGAUAUCAACAUCUUCCAAAAUACCAGUCAAACCCAACUUCUAUAAAGUUUGGACAUUAUUAUGAUUUAACAAAGACCAUGGACCCUGAGUUGACCAACAGCAUAGAUCAUUCUACAAUAUCUGAAGCAGAUUUAUGUACAUGUUCUUCAUCAACUUCUAUGAAUGAAAAAUAUGCCCUGCUGCUGGAGAAAAUCAAGAAAAAGAUAGAUGAUGGCAAAUUUUCCACAACUACGCAACAUGAUAAAAGAAAUAUUCUCAGAAUUGGUAUUCAUUCCCUUGGUUCACCACAGUGGGGAGAGAAUGGAGGGACUAAGGGUGAAAACUUUGACUCCUCACUUCCCAGAUUUCUAUAUGGAUGUCGAGCUUUACUAAGAUCUGCCUUUGCUGUAAUGAUGAUAACCGUUCCAUCACAUUUAUUUCAGCCUGCAUAUGUUGGUAGACUAAGAAAAUUAUGUGAUACAGUAAUACAACUGGAAAGUUUUGCUGGUUCAGAAAAAAAUCCUGCUUGUAAAGAAUAUCAUGGUUUGUUGAAAAUUCACCAGUUACCACGACUCAACUCAUUAUUAUCCCAUAUGCCAGACACAUUAGAUUUAGGAUUUAAACUCAGACGGAAAAAAUUCACCAUAGAGAAACUUCACCUCCCUCCAGAGCUAUCAGAAACAGCCAGUAGACCUCAAGAAGAUCCAGUGUACAAAAAAUCUCCAGCAGGAUGUGGUUCCACUGGCAAAAGUAAAAUAGACUUCUGAUUUAACUCUCCACAGGACUGGUGCUAUAUCCACAUGGAUAAACUUGAAUCAGCUUAAAAGACAAAAUUUGUGAUAUGAUUUCUCAUCUGGAAUGACAUUUUUAAUUAUUAUAGAAAAUCUAUCAACUCUGGAUUGACCAUUUACCGGUCCUUGGUUUUAGUGCUAGAAAUGGUGGUUAUUGGAUGGUAUUGUGUUCCAUCAUUUGUUAAGAUAGUAAAAGACAUCAUGAUUGAAACUGUUUAAUUUAUUAAAAACAAAGCAGUACAAAAUUAAAUCGUUUAUUUAUUGAAAGGA